CCACGAAUGAUCCCUGCAUACCAGCGCUUGGCUGCAUGCUACCCGACAGGACAGAUGGCCCAGAGAGGAGCGCAUGUCAUUAAUUCAUUUCCCAAAGGUCUUGAACCCCCAGCCCCCUCCUCCCGGAUCAAACCGCGCAGUGGCUUGUGUCCCGCCCCUGUGACGCGCCGAAGGCAUAUAAAUAGGAGGGCGGCACAGCUCCGCUACACACUUCUGCCCCAAAUUCAAACACAUCUCACAAGCACAAGUGCCCGCAAAAUAUGAGUCCCAGCAUCACUUCCGAGGCCAGCCAGCCUCUCACUGUCAGAUCUACCGUGGCCCAGAGGAAACAAGCCCACGAGCUGAGAAAGACUCUCAAACCGCUGUUGGAGAAGAGGAGGCGUGCUCGUAUUAAUGACAGUUUGAGCCAUUUGAAGAGUCUCAUCCUGCCUCUGGUUGGCAAAGACAACGCGCGCUACUCAAAGCUGGAGAAAGCGGACAUUCUGGAAAUGACGGUCCGUUUCCUCAGGGACCUCCCGGCGUCGAAAGAUCCCGCGGAAAGUUACAGAGAAGGCUACAAAGCGUGCCUCCAGCGGGUCUCCGCUCUGCUCCCUCAAACAAGCCUCAACCAGGACGCGUGUCAGCGCGUCAGUGACUUUGUGCGGCGCUCCAUGUCCGCCACGGUCACCCCGUCCUGCAUGAACUGCUGCGCACAGACGUCCAGGGCAUUCCCCCACAUCCAACAGAGGCUACUUAGCCUCAAGUCCGGCUUGAGCGCUAUGAGGGCAGACAGCCAGCCGCAGUCGCAGCCGGCGGCUGCGGGCUCUCCUGCAGCGCAACAAGUCCCGCCUGCUGUCAGCGCGGACAUGUGGAGGCCCUGGUAGAUUUAAUGGACACUUAUUUAAUGCCUUAUUUAUUUCGUGCCACUUAACAUACGCAAUGAAUAGAAGAAUAUUUGGAUCGUCAAUAUAACCAAGCAAUUGGUUCAUUUUGGGUAAAAUCGAGCACAGAUCCCAAAGAAGCAGUAUCGUUUUACAUACGUUUUAUUAAUGCAAUCCUCUUUGGGGUUUCAAGGGCACGGGUUGUCGACAACACUUUUGUAAAACCCUAAGGGUUACUCAGUUUGAGGUUUGCACGAUGGACUUCAAAGUAUUUUAGUCUGUGCAAAAGAAUAGGCGGUAAACACUAUGUGUUAAAUAAAUAUGUUGAGAGCAUGCAUGAAAAUGAUUCAUGAGAUGUAUCACUGGAAAAAGUCA